AUGUCUAGGUCACUUAGAGAAAGGUUCAAGAGGUAGUAGGGUGAGUAAAAAUAUAAUCAGUCAAGCAAUAGGAAAAAAGCAACUAUAGAUCCAAAAUCAGACUAAUAUUACAAGCAGCAGAGAAAUAAUAAAAUUGAGGGAUAAAGUCAAUAAAAUGAACAAGGUAGGCAUUAAGUAAGAAGGUCUACAUUGAUUAAUCCAAAGAAGCUAGUGCAAGAUGAAGAGUUAAACGAGCUGUCAAAUUUGUACAAUAUGCUCAACAAAGAAUGCGAAUAAAUUAACUCUGAAAAGAAAAUUAGAGUGGUGGAAAGAAGCGCUAAAAAAGGUAUUGUGAUAAAUGAAAAAGAUGUGAAUUUACUAGCAAUCCAUGAUGGGAUUGAUGAUGACUCGGAGGGAGAAAGUGAAACAAGAACUAAUCAAAACCUGCUUGAUCAGACAUUCGAAAUAAAACUGCAGCAACUGGACAAUCAAACUUUGAGGAAAAGUCCAUUGUCAGGGAAUAAUGCUGACAAUCAUCAUUUGGCUGAGAUAGCCUAUCACAAGAUGAAUCAAGAAAAUGAAAAUCAAAGCCCCAUAUUUGAAGUUAAGGAAGAGUACAUGCCAUCACCCUAUGAUAGCUCUUCAAAUGAGAACAGAAUUCACUUCUAAAACGUUGAUGGAAUAUCUGGAUUCGACGAAACUCCUAAUACUAAUUUGUAUUACGGAGAUAUGAAUUAACUUAGAUUGCCUGUUAUGAAGAGAAACGAAUCUAAUAUUUCAAUGAUUUCAGACAUCGUAAAAAAGAAACGAAUUACAUUUCUAAAGAGUGCCUCUUUGUUCGCUGACGAGGAGGAGAUAUUUGGAUUUGGCUCACCAAAAUUGACAAAGGAGUACUAAUCUGCAUCUGAAGCUAUUCAAUAAACUACUAAGAAUCCAACUUUAGAAAGACACCGAAAACUUAUAAGGAGACAUCUAGAAGAAAAGAAAAAACUUGAGGGGGCCAUUGAGAGAAUGUAGGUAGGGGGAGAUAAACAGAUUUUAGAUACUAUUAGCAAGGAGAUACAGUUUUCAAGAGAAAAAGAUGUCAUUCAGAAGUUGCUUAUAAGCAAGCAAGGACCCAUUAAUAACCAGAAUAUUGGAGAUAGUAGUUAAAGGCGAAAAUCAGUGAAAACAGGGGAAAAAUCUAAAGCUUUGAAGGCUAAAUAAGAAGCUCAUGAAAAUGCAAUGGCAAUGUUGAUAGAAAAGGUUCUCUCAGAUCCUGACACCAGAGAGAGAUUGCUUGAUCACUCAGUACUAAAUGACUUUUUCUUUGAAGAAAAAUUAAAGGAAAGGAGAAUGCAAGUACUGUAAGAAUAAAGAGCUGCUGCCAGAAGGAAAGGAGGCAGUGUAGGAGCAGGAUCUGAUGGUGGUAGAGAUUAGAUGCAUAUAAGUUUAGUUUCUGAGGUCCUUGAUAGUUUGCAGCAUCUUCCAGAAGUUAUCAGGCCAGAGCACAUUAGAGUUAAUUUGCAUGCAAGUGGUGGGAAAAUGAUGACUUCUAAAGACAAAGACAAUAUGUACCAUAGAAAUAUUGUUAAAAGUAAUACUCUAUUUAUAUUAUAUUAUUUAGAGGCAAUCCAAGCCAAUUUGAACUCAAAUAAACUGAAGAUUUAAAGAGCAUAGAACUUGCAAAUUAUCAACUACAUACUCCACUUUACUUCUUCAGAGCAGCAAGCGAGAUCAAAGAUUUAGUCUUUCUCAAAUAUUAUAAAUCUGAGGAAGUUUUAUGCCUACGUCUCACUAAUGAAUGACAAAUAUGGUUCAAGUAUAAACUUUUCCAAGUGGAUCUCGUUUACUAAGUCCCUUAGGAUGUUCUUUAAGCAGCAUUUUAUUGACACAGUUGACUUAGAGAAAGUUUUCUACGAAGUUAUAAGGAAUAAGACACCAGCUGAAAUGAACUACGAGGAUUUCGUCGAUGGCCUGAGAUAUUUGUCUAGAAAAAUGGUAAAACUAGUAGUCAAUGACAAUGAAAGUUCAAAUGCUCUCCUAGCGAAUGAAGACAUGCUGUUCAACAGAUUCCUAUUAUAAGUUAUUAAACCUUAUUUUGAAGAAAAGUAAGUUCUUUAUUAGACUUUAAUUGAUUAUAGUAAGGUUAAAGAAACCGAUCUUGCUUAUUAUUUGCCUGAAGUAUAGUAAAUCUUUAAGAAGAAUGAUUCUUUUAUGAAGAAGCUAUAUGAAUCAUUUGUGGAAUACCCUGCUGAGGACCCUACUUAAUAGCAAAAUAAUGCAUAAAAUCCAUACAAAACUCAAGCUAAUAAAGCUCUAGGAAUAAACCCGCCAUAAUUCCAUGAAGUGCUGAAGAUUAUUGGAUUUUUUCCAGCAAUAGUGGCAAAGCAUGAGAUAAACUCAAUCUUCACUUAGAGUUUGUCUACUUAUGAUUAGAUGACAUUCUCUGACUUCAACUACGCUACUUUCCUAAUUUAUGCGAUGGACUAAGAAAAGAAAGGGAGGACUUCUAUUAUAGAAGAUAAGAAAUUAACUCAAAGAUUGCAUGACUUCUUAUUUGAUAAGGCUGGUCUCAUUCAAGGAGAAAACGUUAUUAAAAAAAUCAGAGAUCAUCAUAACACAAUUAUUCUAAAUCAAAUUCACAAUAAAACCUUCUUUGGCAAGCACUACAGUGUCAACAUUAAGGCUUCUAUCAUGUGA